GGCCCCGCGGUCCCCGCGAUCCCCGCCGCCCCCGGCCCCCGCCAUGGCGCUGAGCGAGCCCAUCCUGCCGUCCUUCUCCACCUUCGCCAGCCCGUGCCGCGAGCGCGGCCUCCAGGAGCGCUGGCCGCGGCCCGAGCCCGAGGCGGGCGGCACGGACGACGACCUCAACAGCGUGCUGGACUUCAUCCUGUCCAUGGGGCUGGACGGGCUGGGCGCCGAGGCCCCGGAGCCGCCGCCGCCGCCGCCGCCCGCCUUCUUCUACCCCGAGCCGCCCCCGCCCUACGGCGGCCCCGCGCCCGACGCGGGUCCCGCGCUGCACGGCCGCUUCGUGCGGGCGCCGCCCGCGCGCCCGGUCAAGGCCGAGCCCCCCGAGGCGGACGGCGGCGGCUACGGCCGCGCGGGGCCGCGGGGCCCGAAGCGCGAGGCGGGGCUGGGCGCGGCGGCCGCCUGCAUGCGGGUCCCGGGCGCGCGGCCCCCGCCGGCCGACACGCCGCCGCUCAGCCCCGACGGCCCCGCGCGCCUGCCCGCGCCCGGCCCGCGCGCGCCCUUCCCGCCGCCCUUCGGCGCGCCCGGCUUCGGCGGCCCCGCGCCCGGCCUGCGCUUCGCGGGCCCCGCGGGCCCCGCCGCCGCCGCCUUCGGGCUGUUCGAGGACGCGGCCGCCGCCGCCGCCCUGGGCCUGGCGCCGCCCGCCGCGCGCGGGCUCCUCACGCCCCCCGCGUCCCCGCUCGAGCUGCUGGAGGCCAAGCCGAAGCGCGGCCGCCGCUCGUGGCCCCGCAAGCGCACGGCCACGCACACCUGCAGCUACGCGGGCUGCAGCAAGACCUACACCAAGAGCUCGCACCUCAAGGCGCACCUGCGCACGCACACAGGAGAGAAGCCUUACCACUGCAACUGGGACGGCUGCGGCUGGAAGUUCGCGCGCUCGGACGAGCUCACGCGCCACUACCGCAAGCACACGGGCCACCGGCCGUUCCAGUGCCACCUGUGCGAGCGCGCCUUCUCCCGCUCCGACCACCUGGCGCUGCACAUGAAGAGGCACCUGUGACCCCGUGACCCCGCGCCCGCGCCCGCGCCGUGACUGUGACUGUAUUUAUUGGACCCAGGACCGGGCCGGGCCGCGCGGCCAUCCCGUCCCCACCGCAGGCCGGGGGGCGAGCGGCGCAUCCCAGAGGACGCGGGAGCGGCCGCCGCGGGAGCGCGCGCCCCCGGGACCGUCCGCCGCGUGCGUGCCCGCCGUGCGUGCCCGCCGUGCGUGCCCGUGACCGAGAGUGUAAAUGAAUGUAAAUAGCCGACGGCUUUCGUUUUUA